UGAGGGCCUGCCGAUGGCCUGGUAUGCCCCUCUGAAGACCAGGCCCAGCUGCAGCAUGGGAAGGAUUCACAGGAGGCACUUAUGACUGUUUUGAAGUGGCAGGAAAGGCUCACUUCUCUAUGAGUGCUUACAUUUCCUGUGACUUCAGGCUAAAGGUAGAGGGGCCUGCUGUGCCACCUAAGGACUGCUGUGCUAUCUCUCUGUGGGAAGCUACAGAAGCAUUCAGAAUUACACGGCUAUGAGUCUAGAGCAUGGGAAAGGCCUUCUGCAGCAGUGUGCCUUUGCAGGUAGAAGGCACAGGUUCUGUGCAGCUAUAAGGACGGGUAGAGGGAGGACCUGGGCCAGGCUGGAACAUGGAACAAGCCCACUGCCCAGCUUUCCUGGCUGUUCCCUGCUCCCAUCAGCUGCUCGCUACUUUUCAGAGACAAAACAGGAAUAAUAGACAUCAUUAAAUAUACAUGGGUCCAGGCGGUUGGCGUGAUGGGCUGGGCCUCCUCUCCCUCCUGUGACCAAGCUGCUCUGCUCGGCUGGCUGUGUUUCUGGGCCAGACGCAGGACCCCCCAUCAAGCGGCAUGCAGGCAGGGAACAGGCUACGGGACCCAGGUAAGGGGACUCAGAGCUUUGGGGUCUGCCACUGAUCUCCCAGGUCACAGGGAAGGACAGGACAGCAGAGCUGAGACCUUUUCCUGACUCACUGUGAGGCUUCCUUGAGCCACACUGCCUUCUUUUUUCAGGUAUAAUGUCCCCUUGGUGACUGGGAUGCCAUGACAGGUAAAUAAAUGCUUGAUGUCUUAUUUGGCAACCCUAUCCUGAUGUCCUAUAGAUAGCUUGGCCAUAGAGAGCUAGAGGGGGAUUUCUAUCAGGGUGACAAUCAUCCCCACCCUUGGUUUUACAAGUGGGGCCUCAGCCCUGUGAGCAGUCAGGAGAGCCUUGAGCUCACAGAUUGGAUCCACGCCUGUUCUGUCUGACACCCCCCAACCCAGGCUAGCUCAGAAAGGGUGACAGAUGCAGUAAGCAUUUUGGGGACCUCAGACUUGGGGCUAAAGUCCGUGGUACCAGUCACAUGUUCCAACCCAAGGGUGAACGUGUUUGCUGGCCUCAUUCUUUGUGCUGGGGUCAGAGACAUCUCUGUGUAUUGUGCCCUGGGCUAUCUGGAUCUGUAAUCAGCACAGUUCUACUGUAUGAGAGGGACUAUUCAGCUCUACAUGCUCAAGUCAAAGUGACACGGCUGCUCAGUGGCCCUUGGCUGGAAAGCCCCCUAAGCAACCUGGAAGGUUCCCAACCCAUGCUAUCAGUUGGACUCGGGUUGGGCCUUGCUCGUGUUGGCCACCUUGGUCCCAUUAUUCACUCUCCCCUGGCUGUGACAGGAGGGGCCUACAGCUUCACUCAGCUAGUCUCCAGGCAGCAGGACUAUACUCAGUGCCAGGCUAGAACCCCAGAGGACAACCUGGCCUGCAGCUUUAGAAAACUCAUGUGGAAAGAACCUGUGUGUCUGUCCAGCAUCUGUGUAUUCAUUCUUCAUGUCCCUCCUCUCCAGUUUAGAUUACACAGUUCAUCAUCUCAGAAUCCUCUUUGAUAAGAAACUUAAGUUCAUCUGCCCUCAAGAACUAGGUUUUACCCCCACAGCCCCUAAACUGCUUCAGAGUCUCCUCUAGCCCUGCCUUCCACUUCUUCCUCACUGGCUGUGCAGUCCUGGCCUGAAAACUCAUCCUCCCAACCACCCACACUCAUGGAGGCCAGGGCCAGGUCACCUCACCUGUACCUCUGAUUUCUCAGAUCACCCACUCUCCCUCUCUUUUUCUCUGUUAUGUCAUUGUACCUUUCCCCCUCUCUGUCACCUGGAUUUGUCCAGUUGAUUUGGCAACUAACUUCGUCUUAGCUAAGGCUAAGAACACCACAUACCUGGUGGUUGGAACAGCAGAAAGUUCUGGAGGCUCAAAGUCUGAGAUCAAGGUCUGGGCCAGGCGAGCUUCUCCUGAGGCCACUGUCCUUGCCUUCAGAUGACUUCACUGUGUCCUCUAGGUGGCUUUUUCUCUAUGUACCUCUUUUACCUAGGUUAGGAAUCCUAGGUGAAUCUGCUCCUCUGGUCACCCCAGGCCCAGGAUUCUCAUCAGUCAGCCUCCAGCAUGUCACCAAAACAGCCUGUGAUGCUACACAUUGUUAAACUGACCCCUUCUCCCCAUGCUGGGGAUAGAACCUAAGACCUCCCACAUGCUAGGCAAGUGGCUCUAAAACUGAGCUGCACCCCAGCCUUCAGUGACCACUUUUAACCCACUGACCAUGCCCCUCAGCCCCCUUUCUAUACACAGCACUUGAGCCAGACCGUCCCGGCCAGUUCCCAUCCCCUUCCUCUGUCUCACCUGACCUUCAGGAUGUCUGUCCCUCCACGUUCCAGGCUUUGGAACAACCAUGUUUGUGAUUCUUUGCUGCAUUCUGUCUCCAUCACCCCAAACUUGUCUCAGGCAGAUGUGUCCCACAUCAUCCACCUCACCUCGGAAGACAUUCUCUGGCUUGUCCAGCUAUACCAAGCUAAGCCCUUCUGACUGUGUUCUCACUCAGCCCCACCUACCCAUCAAGGGCCAGCCUGUUGAACCUCACUCUGAAUGUAUACACUGCUUCGCUAUGGACCUGUCCCAGCCAAGCCACCUAUCCCUCUCCCUGUCCUCAUUGCAGGCCCUCCAACCCCACCAGCUUCCUGCAGUGGCCCAAGAACGAUUUUCCAGACCUCUUUCCAAGAAAGCAAAGUAAGGCAGUGAUUGAAAGUACACUCAAGCCAACUGGGCUCAAGUCCAGUUUCUAACUGUGUGGCCUCAGGCCACUCAGUAAACUUCUCUGAGCCUGUUUUCUCAACUAAAAUGAGAAGGAUAAAUAUAUCCAUUUGGGAUUUUAAUGAUAGCUGAAUGAGCUGUGUGGCAUGGAAUUCUGAACUCUGGCCCUGCAGCCAGAGUCCCCAUCAUGUCCUCACCAUAGACUCUUGGCUGAGUGAUUUAACCUCAAACCCAGAGACCUUCAUUAGGUGAUAAGAUGCUGGGGAGUUAGCUCAGUGGCUUAAGUGCCUUCCUUACAAGCGCACGGUUGAGUUCGAUCCCUAGUACUGAUAACAUUACAUGGCAAGAACUGCAGUCUCAUGUAUGUAAAAAUCUAGUGAGAUAUUCCAGUGCCUAGCCUAACACAUAGAAACUCUUGGCAGUGUUGGUUAUUAUUACGUUUAAAAUGCAAAUCUAGCUGCAACACUCCUAAAAGCUUACAACUCUGCUGUGGCCCCCCCACUACUUAAGAGAUAGAGACCAAAGUCCUGUCCCAGGCUCCACAGCCUCAUGAUGGCCAGUCCCUGCCUACUGCUUCAUAUUCCACACACCUGUUCCAGUAAUAGGGCUUUUCUUUAAGGCCCUCUCACCACUUGGUCUUUGUAUAUGCACUUCUAUCUAACUGGAACACUGUUCCCUCUUCCAUGUGAUUAACUCCCUCCUACCCUUCAGAUCUUGGCUCGGGGCCACCUUCUUAGGGGAAACUUCCUCGACCUCCAACAUGGUGCUGGCCCACCUGGUGUCAUGCUUUAACCUUCGUGUUUCUGGAUGAUAUGGCCCUUAGUUUAAGGUCUGUGACCUUGGGAAUUCUGAGGACAGAGACUAUGUCUUGCUCUACUCAAAUCCCUAUGACCUCCUAGCACUUAGGGAAGUAUUUGUUUGGCACAUGGUUAUGCAGCCAAUAUCUGAGGGAUGAAUGUGUGAGAGACUUACUCCUGAUACUUCUCAGCACCCGCAUCAAGAGCUGGGACCUGCAGAAGGAUGUGGGACCCAGGAGUCACCAGAAAAAGAAGCCCUCACUGGUUGCUAAGCUCAGCAGGCCUUGCUGCCAGCAGCCACCCAGACCAUCUUCCAAAGCACAGAAGGCAAUGUCAGCUACCAUAACAAGCCUCAGCCAGCCAGCCCCACCCCUGCUGUGUUUAUCCCUUAAGGUUUGUCAGCCCCAGGAGGAGGAGGUACCAGAAGAGACCAAAGCUUAGCUGCUGUGUGACUGGCUCAGGAUCAGAUCCAGGAAGUUUUGUCUUUGAGUCCUAUAUGUCCUUGUACAAUUAGGCUUGCUUCUGUGAGCAUGUUAGGGCAGUGGAGCUUCAAAGCAGAAAGAUGACUACUUCAGGGUUCAAGGCAGAACUUAGGCUAGCCUGGUUGCUCUCCAUCUCUCUCUUGUACAAAUACCAGCCAAGGACCCUCUCCUGGGACAGGUGGAAGGUGACUCUGAGAGAUGUCUUUGAGCUGAAGGAACAGCCCUGACUUUUUUCUGCAUCAGUUUCCUCAAAUGUUGCAUGCAGGUGGGGCUGGGUUGGGAUUAGACUCUGGUUUCAGGUCUCAACAUUUUUCUCCAAUUCUCUUUUCCUUACUUUCCCUACUUUCUCAUUUUUUGUUUUUAUUUUCCACUUUCUCCCUUAAGUGCUACUUUUUUGCAUGCCCAUUUGAACCAGAACAUAUUUAUGUGAUUUAAAAAUCAAAUGGAUAUAAAAAGGUUUGCAUUGAAAUGAACAAUCUCAUUAGUUUCUUACAUAUUUGCAGUAUUUUUAUAUGUAAAUAAAAAUAUACUUCCCUAUCCACUGAUACAGUUUCCUACAAAAAGACAAGUCAAGGUGUAAAUGCUAUAUGGACAAGUGCUCUGCAUUCCACUUCCCUAGCAGGGCACAGACACCAUCAGUGCUUUUUCACAGCCACAUCCUGUGCCACCCAGCAGUGCAUCUUGGCAGUUGCAGCAGUGAGCAGCACUCUAUGCAGCCGUUCUGUGUAUGCAUCCAGGAUGAGAAACACGGAUUCUGUGUUCUCAUGGUUCUUUCUCUUCCUCCUUAUUUCUCCCAUCUCCCUUUCUUCCUUCCUUUUUCCUCUUUUGUAACAGCUUGGAUCAAGAUAUAAUCCACCCCGUACAAUACACCCAUUAAUGUGCCCAGUGCUGUGCCCUUCAUACUGCAUCUCAGAGUUUACACAGUACCCAAUGAUUCUCACGAAGAAUGAAUGGAUGAACAAACAAAUGACCAGGCACCAGAAUGUUGGCUUUAAGACCUUCAGAGACAGAAAUGGGUUGACUGAAGAAUCCAGGUAGGGGCCCAAGCACAGACAUGGCCUGAGUGACCUUCACUGGAAACAUCAGACAAAAGCCCUGUUGGAGACCUAGCUGUGUUUCUGGCUUGUUCGGUGGCUCAGUCAGGCCCUAAAACUCCUAGCUGGAGCAGGCUCUAGGUCAGCUCAGCCAAGCCCCUAACUCCACCCAAGGACUUCUCCCCACCUGGGUGAUGGCCCAUCACCUAGGAGCUUAAAUAGGCUGGAUGCCUGACUAGGAAGCCAGCUCUGGACCCUGCUGGACCUGGGUUCUGCCUUCCCAAGCUAAGGGGCUUUGGACAAGUUACUUUACCUCUCCGAAUCUGGGCUUCCUCACCUAGAAAAUGGGGCUAAGAACAGUUCCUACCUCACAGGCCAUUUGAGAGAAUCCCAUGAGAUCCCUCUGUGUAACAAACCUGGCCCAGGCCUCACUCUGGAAACCAGCUCCCAGAGGGCAGGGGCAGGGGCAGGGGUGGGUGUCUGCCCAUCUGAGCUCAGAAAGAUCAACUCCUCUGCCCUUCAUUUUUCCUCAUAAGAGCAGCAGCAACAGCCAGAGAGGUGGGAAAGUGGGCAGCGUGGAAAGAGGUGACAGGGACAGUGGCCAUCCCCUCAAAAUCUACACUGCAAGAGCCCCACUCCCUGUGCCCCCUGCCCAAAAAAGCCAUCUAAUCACCCUAGUUUUCAUCCAGUAUCCUGUCCCCAGGGGUUACCUGCAGCGGGCACCCCUAGCUCUAGCCCUGGCCCCUCUGAAUGGCGGGGUCUCCCACAGUUGCUCAUGAAUUUCAGGGAAGACAAGCAGAAUCAUAUGAAUAGGCAGAAACAGUGAGCAAAAGGCGAGGCUUACAGAGGGGGCCUGCUGAGUCCCCCUUUACCCCCUCUUACACACCUUGCCCUGCUCAGUGAUGUGGCAGCCAGGCUCUCCCAGAUGCAUUAUUCAGCUCCUCAGAGCUCACCAGCUCCUGUUACCUGUUACUCCUGUCCACUCUCUUCCUCCUCUUGGAGGUCCAAGAUUCCCCUCCCACCUGACCUGAUGGGCUGUCAUACUCUGGCCUCAGAAGGCCCUUUUGUACUUCAGGCACAGUACAGGGGUACUGGAUGGUCUAGGGCAGGUAGUGUGCCUCUUUGGGGCCCAGUGACCCAGGCAUCCAGGGGAGUCAAGCUGAGACACGGCGAGGGCCUGAGUUUAGUCAGCACAGUCAUUGCCAUGGUGACUGUAAGGCCAGGAUGUUCCCCCAGCCUAGGCCUCCCCAGGCUUUCCUGCCUGGUAAAUAACACCCACGAACUUUCCACUACUGCUUAAAGGUGAAACCCAAGGCGGCUCCUCAGGAGAUGAAUUAUGGAUCUGCCCUCCCAGAAUGCUAGCCUGGUCCCUUUCCAAGCCACUGUGGCCAGUCCUGGCUGUUGGGAGACAGAGGAGGCCGUGUGUCCAGCUGUAGACAAGAGACCUCGCAGGUCCCUGGGUCUCCAAGUCCCUGAACCUGUUACAGAGGCCCCAGGCCCAGUAGGAGCAGGAGGCCAUCAUGGCGAAGGAGGAAGAUGAGGAAAAGAAAGCCAAGAAAGGGAAGAAGGGGAAGAAGGCCCCAGAGCCUGAGAAGCCCAAACGGAGCUUGAAGGGUACAUCUCGGCUGUUUAUGGGCUUCCGAGACCGCACACCCAAGAUCUCCAAAAAGGGCCAGUUCCGGAGUGCAUCAGCCUUCUUCUGGGGCCUCCACACUGGACCCCAGAAGACCAAACGCAAGAAGAAGGCCCGCACGGUACUCAAAUCCACAUCCAAGCUCAUGACACAGAUGCGCAUGGGCAAGAAGAAGCGGGCAAUGAAGGGCAAGAAGCCAUCCUUUAUGGUGAUACGCUUCCCAGGCCGGAAGGGCUAUGGCCGCCUCCGACCUCGAGCCCGAUCACUCAGCAAGGCUUCUACAGCCAUUAACUGGCUCACCAAGAAGUUCCUCCUCAAGAAGGCUGAAGAGUCUGGCAGCGAACAAGCAGCACUAGAUGCCUGGCUCCAGCGCUCCGACUCCCGAAUGGGCUCCCAAAAGCUGCCUUUCCCAUCCGGAGCCGAGAUCCUGCGUCAUGGAGGCCGGCUCCGCAGGUUUCCCCGCAGCCACAGCAUCUACUCCUCUGGGGAGCCUGUAGGCUUCCUGCCUUUCGAAGAUGAAGCACCCUUCCGGCAUGCGGGCUCCCGCAAGUCGCUUUAUGGUCUGGAAGGCUUCCAGGACCUUGGUGAAUAUUAUGACUACCACCGCGAGGGUGACGACUACUAUGACCAGCAAUCGCUACACCGCUACGAGGAACAGGAACCCUACUUGGCUGGCUAUCGUCCCUACAGCCCAGCCUGGCCACCCUAUGCUGACUACCCCUAUGGAUACCCAUCUGAGGAGCCCUACGACUACUACUUCCCCGACCACUAUGGCAGCUACUUUUUCCCAGGCCACAGCUAUGGCUACGACGACUAUGAGCCCCCGUAUGCGCCCCCGUCUGGAUACUCAUCCCCCUACAGCUACCAGGACAGGCUCGAGGGGGAGGCCUACCCCUACAGCUACUACCUGGAUCCCUACGCGCCAUACGACGUACCUUACCCAUCCUAUGACCUGCCGUACGAGACUCCCUACGAGGCACCCUACCUUGAUCCGUAUGGAGUGCCCUACAAUGUCCCCUAUGCAGAAGGCAUCUAUGGUGGAGGGAACGAGGCUAUCUAUCCACCAGUGACGCCCUACCUUUACCCAGAAGAGUCAACCUUCGCGUACCCCUGGGUACCACCUCCCAUCCUGUCACCCCACAACCCAUACGCCCACCCCAUGGAUGACAUUGUGGAACUGGAGGAGCCGGAAGAGGCAGGAGUGGAGCAGCGGGGCACUUCUUUCCGCCUGCCUAGCUCGGCCUUCUUCGAGCAGCAAGGCAUGGACAAGCCCUCCAGGUCCAAGCUGUCCCUCAUCCGCAAGUUCCGCCUCUUUCCACGGCCGCAAGUGAAGCUGUUCGGGAAGGAGAAGUUGGACGUGCCCCUGCCCCCCUCCCUGGAUAUCCCACUGCCCUUGGCGGAUGCGGAUGAGGAGGACGAAGAGGAGGAGAUGACUCCAGUGGCCGCGCUGCCCUACAGCCAUCCCUACUGGGCCUUCCUCACUCCGCGCCAGCGCAACCUGCAGCGGGCGCUGUCUGCCUUCGGGGCCCCCCGCGGUCUGGGCUUCAGCCCCGAGUUCGGCCGCCCCGCGCCUCGCCCGGCCACGUCGCUGGCGCGGUUCCUCAAGAAGACCCUGUCGGAAAAGAAGCCCAUCCGGCGGCUCCGGGGCAGCCAGCAGGCCCGAGGGCGCGGCUCCGCGGUCAGGGAGGCGGCCUACAAGCGCUUCGGCUACAAGCUGGCGGGCAUGGACCCCGACCGGCCCAACACGCCCAUCAUGCUGAGGCGCGCCGGGCCGCAGGCGCGCAACAACAACAACUCCCACCGCCCGCGCUCACCGCCGCCCGCGCCCGCGCCCGCGCCCGCGCCCCGCGCCCUCUCCCACUGGAGCGCGCUCCUCUCCCCGCCCGCGCCCCGGCGGCCCCCCAGUCCCGGCCCGCCGCCCGCCGCACCCUUCUCCCCGCAGCUGUCCGGUCGGCCCCGACUCGCCUCGCCUUACGGGUCCCUCCGCCACCACCCUCCGCCCUGGGCUGCCCCUGCCCACGUGCCCCUCGCGCCACCCGCAAACUGGUGGGCCUACGCAGAGCCCCCUCCUGCGAACCCCGAGGUGCCCCCCGACCUGCUGGCCUUUCCUGUGCCCCAGCGCUCGUUCCGGGACUCGCGUCGCCGCCAAGCAGGAACUGCCUUCGGCUUUGCUGGGGCCUCCCCACUGGCCUCGAGGAGGCGAGCCUGGCCCCCGCCGCCCUCGCCCCAGCCUUCGCUGAGGAACCUUCCAGGUCCAGGCUACCUGUCGCCCCUAGGGCCCCUGUCCCCUCAGCUGUCCCUCCGCAGGGGCCCGUUCCAGCCACCCUUCCCACCCCCGCCACGCCGACCUCGGUCACUGCGGGAGCCCUUGACCCCUCACAGAGCCUCUGGGCGCCUGCGCCCACCCCACUCGCCCGUGCUGGGUUCCCCCCGCCCAGCCUCGCCACCCCCUCUGCUGGGCCAUCGCCCAAGGCAGCGAUCCCUCAACUUACCCUCGCGCCUCCCGCACGCGUGGCGGCGCCUCAGUGAGCCGCCCAGCAGAGCAGUGAAGCCUCGAGUGCUCCAGCCCUUCCACCCACCUCCCAGCACAGGCCCUUGGAGAGUGGCUGCAGGGCCCUCCGAGCACAGGGACAGCCCGCAGGAACCUGAGGACUCUGACAUUCCCUGGACCAUGCCUCCUCUGGCCCCCACCUGGGAUGGCGAUGGGUCGCCUACUCAGCGGCCGCCCUCCCCCUGGCCUGGGGGCGUGGGUAGCCUUCGAGGCUUUUCCAGGCCAUCCUCUCGGCCCAAGAAUCCCUUCCUUCAGCACGUGGGCCCCCUGCCGGCUCCGGCUCCCCAGGCUGCAGCCCCAGUCUCGGAUUCAACCAGUGUUAUCUCAGGCAGACACCAGGACCCAGGGCCUGGACAGCUCACCAAAUCAGCCUCCUCCAUCCCUGAACAUCCGGAAGAAACUACUCUGGGGGUGGAACCCCAGGCACCAACAGAGCCAGAAACUUGUAUCCUAACAUCUCCCAAGGAUGUGGCAUCAGAGCAGAAGGUGUUAAGGCUCAGCCUCUCAUAUCCACUGGCCACGUGUGACCAGGCAAGGGCCACAUGGCCACCAUGGCGCCGCUGGAAGACACUGCCCAGAGCCCCUGCCCCCUUGGCACCCACCGGCCCCCCAGGGCCUCUGCCUAAGGCGGGUGAGAGAUCUCGGGCUUGCCCUGGACGCUUUGCCGUGGUCAUGCCUCAGGUUCGGAAACUGACUUCUUUUCAGCGAGCUGGGCCUGCCACUCCGCAGACCCCAGAACAGCCAGCCCCAGAACCUGAACAUGGACCAGAGCUCCAAACCUGCAAUCUACACCGGCCCCGCCUCUGGCUUCGGGCAGAUGCCCACCUGCCCUGGCCGCAAAUACAUGCCCGCCAUCAGUCUCAACACCGAGGCCCUGGAGCUGGCUACCUGUUCCUCAGAGGCCUCUGGAAAGAGGUUGACCCCAAAAGCUGGCAAAACAAGAUGCACUCCAUCCGCAACCUGCCUUCUAUUCGGAGCCGCGAGCAGCGCAGGGAGGAUGGUGUGGAGGACAUGACACAGCUGGAAGACCUCCAGGAGACCACUGUGCUGUCCAAUCUCAAGACCAGAUUUGAACGGAACCUCAUCUAUACAUACAUCGGCAGCAUCUUGGUGUCCAUGAACCCAUAUCAAAUGUUCGGGAUCUACGGGCCGGAGCAAGUACAGCAGUACAGCGGGAGGGCCCUGGGAGAUAAUCCCCCACACCUCUUUGCGAUUGCUAAUCUCGCCUUCGCCAAAAUGCUUGAUGCCAAACAGAACCAGUGCAUAAUCAUCAGUGGAGAGAGCGGCUCUGGCAAAACUGAGGCCACCAAGCUGAUUCUGCGCUACCUGGCUGCCAUGAACCAAAAGAGGGAUGUCAUGCAGCAGAUAAAGAUCCUGGAAGCAACACCUCUCUUGGAGUCCUUCGGUAAUGCCAAAACCGUCAGAAAUGACAACUCCAGCCGCUUUGGGAAGUUCGUAGAGAUCUUUCUGGAAGGGGGCGUGAUCUCUGGUGCCAUAACCUCCCAGUACCUGCUGGAGAAAUCCCGGAUUGUGUUUCAGGCCAAAAAUGAGAGGAAUUACCACAUUUUCUAUGAGCUGCUGGCAGGGCUGCCUGCUCAACUGCGGCAGGCCUUUAGCCUUCAGGAAGCUGAGACCUACUACUACCUGAACCAGGGUGGGAACUGUGAGAUCCCAGGGAAGAGUGAUGCUGAUGACUUCCGCCGGCUCCUGGCUGCCAUGGAGGUGCUGGGCUUCAGCAGUGAGGACCAAGACAGCAUCUUCCGCAUCCUGGCCUCCAUCCUACACCUGGGGAAUGUGUAUUUCGAGAAGUAUGAGACGGAUACGCAGGAGGUGGCCUCGGUAGUGAGUGCCCGGGAGAUCCAGGCCGUGGCUGAGCUGCUGCAGAUCUCUCCUGAGGGCCUGCAGAAGGCCAUCACCUUCAAAGUGACCGAGACCAUGAGAGAGAAGAUCUUCACGCCCCUGACUGUGGAAAGUGCUGUGGAUGCCAGGGAUGCUAUCGCCAAGGUCUUGUACUCACUGCUGUUCGGCUGGCUGAUUGCCAGAGUCAAUGCCCUGGUAUCCCCACAGCAGGACACGCUGUCCAUUGCCAUCCUGGACAUCUAUGGCUUUGAGGACCUGAGCUUCAACAGCUUUGAGCAGCUGUGCAUUAACUAUGCCAAUGAGAACCUCCAGUACCUUUUCAACAAGAUCAUCUUCCAGGAGGAGCAGGAGGAGUACAUCCGUGAGCAGAUUGACUGGCGGGAGAUCUCCUUUGCUGACAAUCAGCCCUGCAUCAAUCUCAUCUCUCUUAGACCCUAUGGCAUCUUGCGUAUCCUCGAUGACCAGUGCUGCUUCCCACAGGCCACAGACCACACAUUCCUGCAGAAGUGCCACUACCACCAUGGCGCCAACCCACUGUACUCCAAGCCCAAAAUGCCGCUACCUGAGUUCACCAUCAAACACUACGCAGGCAAGGUCACCUAUCAGGUGCACAAGUUUUUGGACAAGAACCACGACCAGGUGCGCCAGGAUGUCCUGGACCUGUUCAUACGGAGUCGGACGAGGGUGGUGGCACACCUCUUCUCCAGCCAUGCUCCACAGGCUGCCCCUCAGCGACUGGGCAAGAGCAGCUCCAUGACCCGACUCUACAAAGCACACACAGUGGCUGCCAAGUUCCAACAAUCACUCUUGGAUCUGGUGGAAAAGAUGGAGAGGUGUAACCCUUUGUUCGUGCGUUGCCUGAAGCCCAACCACAAGAAGGAGCCAGGUCUCUUUGAGCCAGAUGUGGUGAUGACCCAGUUACGCUAUUCGGGGGUUCUGGAGACUGUGCGGAUCCGUAAGGAGGGCUUCCCGGUGCGGCUGCCUUUCCAGGUGUUUGUUGACAGGUAUCGCUGCCUGGUGGCCCUCAAGCACAACCUACCAGCUAACGGGGACAUGUGUGUGUCAGUGCUGAGCCGCCUGUGUACAGUCAUGCCAAACAUGUACCGAGUUGGGGUUAGUAAGCUGUUCCUUAAGGAACAUCUGCACCAGCUGUUGGAAAGCAUGCGGGAGCACGUCCUGAACCUGGCAGCCCUCACAUUGCAGCGCCACCUCCGUGGCUUCUUCAUCCAGCGGCGUUUUCGCUCUCUGCGCCGUAAGAUCAUCCUGCUGCAGAGCCGAGCGCGUGGCUACCUUGCCAGGCAACGCUACCAGCAGAUGAGAAGGAGCCUGAUUAAGUUCCGAGCCCUGGUACACAUGUACAUGGACCACCGGCGCUACCUCAAGCUGAGGGCAGAACGCAGGCGCCGGGUGGAGGAGGUGCGGCUGCGGGAGCAGGAGGAGCUGAGCAAGCGGGAAGUGGUGGCCGUGGGACACCUGGAGGUCCCAGCCGAGCUGGCUGUGCUCUUGCAAGCAGUGGCAGGCCUCAGGCUGCCCAAGGUCCCUCAAGUGGCCCCUAUGCGGACACCCCGGCUCCAGACUGAACCCCGAGUCACACUGCCCCUAGAUAUCAACAACUACCCCAUGGCCAAGUUUGUCCGGUGCUACUUCAAGGAGCCUGCUUUCGGGAUGCUGACAGCGCCCUUGAAGACACCCCUCAUGCGGCUGCCAGCUGAACACCAUGCAGAGGCUGUGAAUGUCUUCAAGCUGAUCCUGCGUUUCAUGGGUGACCCCCACCUGCAUGGUGCCCAGGAGAACAUCUUUGGGAACUAUAUCGUGCAGAAGGGACUAGUGGUGCCUGAGCUACGGGACGAGAUCCUAGCCCAGCUGGCCAACCAGGUGUGGCACAAUCACAAUGCUCACAAUGCUGUACGUGGCUGGCUGCUCCUGGCCGCCUGCCUCAGCUGCUUUGCUCCGUCUUCACGCCUUGACAAGUUUCUCCUCAAGUUUGUGUCUGAUUAUGGGCGGAAUGGCUUCCAGGCUGUGUGUCAGCACCGUCUCAUGCAGGCCAUGGGCCAGACCCAACAGCAAGGCUCAGGGGUGGCCCGCACCUUCCCCCUGACCCAGCUUGAGUGGAUCACCAUCCAUGAGAAGGCCAGCAUGGCACUGGAUGUGAACUGCUUCAAUGGUGACCAGUUCUCCUGCCCAGUGCACUCCUGGAGCACUGGAGAAGAGAUGGCUGGAGACAUCUUGAGGCACAGGGGGCUGACUGAUGGUUGGCGGGGCUGGACAGUAGCCAUGAAGAAUGGUGUCCAGUGGGCGGAGCUGGCUGGCCAUGACUACGUGCUGGACCUGGUGUCAGACCUGGAGCUCCCCAAGGACUUUCCACGACAGAAGUCCUACUUCAUCGUGGGUGCAGAAGGGCCUGUGGCCAGCAGGGGUGGCCCCAGAGUGCUGUUUGGGAACAGCUGGGACUCAGAUGAAGACACACCUGUUAGGCCCCAGCCUCAGGGCCACGCAUCUAAAGUGCCAGACUCAGAGGGUUACUGCAGCCACAGUGAGGACAGUACAAACAGGGAGCCUGAGGCCCAGAGAGGGACGGCAACCCAUCAAGAUUCAGAUGACCUUGGAGAGCCCACUGUGCCCCCCAGGGGGUUGGACUGCUACCUGGACAGCCUCUUCAACCCCGUGUUAUCCUACGGGGAUGUGGACCUGGAGAAGCCUACAGCCAUUGCCUACCGCAUGAAAGGAGGCGGCCAGCCUGGCGAAUGUGGCAGUCCUGAAGACCCCCUCAAGACAGUCCCAGAACCAAAGCCAAAGCUAAUCCCUGGCCUGGACACCUCCACGCUGGCUCUGCAGCAAGCCUUCAUCCACAAACAGGCUGUGCUCCUUGCCCGGGAGAUGACCCUGCAAGCCAUGGCACUCCAGCAGCAGCCCCUGAGCCCUUCCCUGAGACCCUUGCCCCCAGAGAAACCCAUAGCACCAGAGGCGUGGCCGAAGUGUGUAGGCUCUGGUCCCCCUGCCAAACCUGUGCUCCUGAGGUCCUCUCCAACACCUGUGACUCCAGUCUUUCUGGCCAAGGCCCCAAGACCCCCCACCAAGCCUGUGGCUGCUCCUAUUCUAGCUCAGGACCGAGCUUCACCAGAAAGCACAUCAGCCUUCCCAGAGCUGGUCCGAUACUCCACACUCAACUCAGAACACUUCCCACAGCCCACACAGCAGAUCAGAGACAUCAUCAGGCAGUACCAUCAGCCAGUCCGGGGGACCCGCCCUGAGGCCCUUAGGAAAGAUGGUGGGAAAGUGUUCAUGAAGCGACCUGACCCUCAUGAGGAGGCCCUGAUGCUCCUGAAGGAGCAGAUGGCUCACCUGGCAGCAGCACCAGGCACUCAGGUGUCCAGAGAGGCGGUGGCCCUGGUGAAGCCAGUGACCAGCGUACCAAAGAUGUCCAUGGGGCCAACUCCAGCACUGCCUUCAAGGUCGCUGGAACCCGCUGAGGAGCCCGUGCAGACCCGACUGCAUCGCCUCAUCAACCCUAACUUCUACGGCUACCAGAACGCCCCCUGGCGGAUCUUUCUGCGCAAAGAGGUGUUUUACCCCAAGGACAACUACAACCACCCUGUGCAGCUAGACCUCCUGUUCCGACAGAUUGUGCACGACACACUCUCAGAAGCCUGCCUGCGCAUCUCCCAGGAUGAGAGGCUCAGGAUGAAGGCCCUCUUUGCCCAGAACCAGCUGGACACACAGCAGCCUCUGGUAACGGAGAGUGUGAAGCGUGCUGUGGUGGAUACCGCCCGAGACAGCUGGGAGGUCUACUUCUCUCGCCUCUUCCCUGCUACGGGCAGUGUGGGAACUGGUGUGCAGAUCCUCGCUGUGUCCCACACAGGCAUUAAACUCUUGCGGAUGGUCAAGAGCAGCCAGGAGGCCAGCGGACAGCUGCAUGUCCUGCAUGCAUACAGCUUUGCAGACAUCCUAUUUGUGACCAUGCCCUCGCAGAACAUGCUAGAGUUCAACCUGGCCAAUGAGAAGGUCAUCCUCUUCUCGGCACGAGCUCACCAGGUCAAGACCCUAGUGGAUGAUUUCAUUCUGGAGCUGAAGAAGGACUCUGACUAUGUGGUCGCCGUGAGAAAUUUCCUGCCUGAGGAUCCAGCACUGCUGGCCUUCCACAAGGGUGACAUCAUUCACCUGCAGCCCCUGCAGCCACCUCGAGUGGGGUACAGUGCUGGCUGUGUGGUCCGCAAGAAGGUGGUGUACCUGGAAGAGCUACAGAAAAGAGGCCCUGACUUUGGCUGGCGAUUCGGGACGAUCCAUGGGCGCGUGGGCCGCUUCCCUUCUGAUCUAGUGCAGCCUGCUGCUGCCCCUGACUUCCUGCAGCUGCCAGCUGAGCCAGGCCGGGGCCGUGCUGCAGCCGUGGCUGCUGCAGUGGCCUCUACAGCUGCUGCACAGGAGGUGGGCCGCAGGAGAGAGGGUCCUCCAGUAAGGGCCCGUUCUGCUGACCGUGGAGAGGAUGCCCUGGAGUUUUCAUCAUACACCAUGCUUGAGUUUGCCCAGAAGUAUUUCCGAGACCCUCAGAGGCAGCCCCAGGAUGGUCUCAGACCGAAAUGCAAGGAGGGCCGGGAGUCCAGAACCUUGGAGGACAUGCUUUGCUUCAGCAAGACCCCACUCCAGGAUUCCCUCAUUGAGCUCAGUGACAGCAGCCUCAACAAGAUGGCCACGGACAUGUUCCUAGCUGUGAUGAGGUUCAUGGGGGAUGCCCCACUGAAGGGCCAGAGUGAACUGGAUGUGCUGUGCACCCUCUUGAAGCUUUGUGAGGACCAUGAGGUCAUGCGAGACGAGUGUUACUGCCAAAUUGUGAAGCAGAUCACAGACAAUACCAGCUCCAAGCAAGACAGCUGCCAACGAGGCUGGAGGCUGCUGUACAUCAUGGCUGCCUACCACAGCUGCUCUGAGGUCCUCUACCCACACCUCAUGCGCUUUCUCCAGCAUGUGAGCAGAGCUACGGGCAUGCCCUUCCAGGGAAUUGCUAAAGUCUGUGAGCAGAACCUGAAGAAGACUCUGCGCUUUGGGGGACGUCUGGAGCUGCCCAGCAGCAUGGAGCUCCGGGCCAUGUUGGCGGGUCGCAGUUCCAAGAGGCAGCUUUUCCUUCUUCCUGGAGGCCUUGAACGCCAUCUAAAAAUCAAAACAUGCACUGUGGCCCUGGAUGUGGUGGAGGAGAUCUGUGCUGAGAUGGCUCUGACAUGCCCAGAGGCCUUCCAUGAAUAUGUGAUCUUCGUUGUCACCAACAAAGGUCAGCACGUGUGCCCGCUCAGCCGCUCUGCCUACAUCCUGGAUGUGGCCUCAGAGAUGGAGCAGGUAGAUGGUGGCUACAUGCUCUGGUUCCGGCGCAUACUCUGGGAUCAGCCGCUCAAGUUUGAGAAUGAGCUGUAUGUGACUAUGCACUACAACCAGGUGCUGCCUGACUACCUGAAGGGCCUCUAUAGCAGCAUGCCAGCCAGCCGGCCCAGCGAGCAGCAGCUGCAGCAGGUGUCCAAGCUGGCCUCACUGCAGCACCGUGCCAGGGACCACCUCUACCUGCCCAGCGUGCGGGAGGUCCAGGAGUACAUCCCAGCUCAGAUGUACCGCACUAUGGCUGGCUCCGCCUGGCUCAACCUGAUUGGCCAGCACAGACAGCAGAUGCAGGCGCUCAGCCCCCACCAGGCCCGGGCUCAGUUCCUGGGCCUCCUCAGUGCCUUUCCUAUGUUUGGCUCCUCUUUCUUCUUCAUCCAGAGCUGUAGCAAUACUGCUGUGCCAGCCCCCUGUAUUCUAGCUGUCAACCACAAUGGCCUCAACUUCCUCAGCACCGAAACCCAUGAACUGAUGGUGAAGUUCCCUCUAAAGGAGAUCCAAUCCACACGAACCCAGCGACCCACAGCCAACUCCAGUUAUCCCUAUGUGGAGAUUGCACUGGGGGAUGUGGUGGCCCAGCGCACCAUGCAGCUGCAGCUGGAGCAGGGUCUGGAGCUAUGUCGUGUGGUGGCUGUGCACGUGGAAAACCUGCUUAGUGCCCGGGAGAAGCGGCUCACACUGCCUCCCAGUGAGAUUACCCUGCUCUGACCUGGCCCCCAGUCCUCCAGAUGCCUUCUGCAGAAGAUUCCCUGUGUGGCCUCAGGAAAGCCACUGGAAGGGCCAGAACCUUGAAGGAAAGCACAGGAGGUAGGAAGAACAACCCAUGCACCCAAGAGGACUGAUCUAGAGUUGGGAUAGAGUCACAGCCUGAAGACUUGAGCCAGACAGCAGGAUAAAACCAUCAAAGGCUGGCCAAGAGUAUAGGGGAUCAUGGGCCUCCUACUGGGUGUCUGCCACAGAUCCUACUUCUGAUGCCUAUGUGGCAGAGAAACCCCACACCAGCCUGCCUUUGGUUUAUUCAGGGUCUGAUGUUUGAAUCUACAUCAGCUCCACCUCCCAGCCUGCCUCAGGUGUGUCCUACUUUGUGCUGCCUCUCAACCUAGACCUUUGAACCUUGGUCAUUUCUGUACCUGGUGGCUACUUCCUCCAUGAAGUUGCUAAGUGGCUGGAUAAGUCAAGACAGGAGGCAGGAAUUGGAGGCAGAGUUGUGCCCUACUCAUUAUCUAUGAUCAGCAUGUCCAGAAAGACUUUGAUCUCCCUGUAGUGUCUGUCCUGUUCUACACUCUUGUUGGGUAGUCCCAACCCCACGUCUCCAAGAUGGGUCACACAAGUUUCCAGAGUCAUGUAGUGGGAAAAGUGAAGUUUGGGAUAGUGCUUCCCAGAGAAUGGUACAAUAGGGUUGGGUUUUAAAAAAAUGACUAACAUUUUCUUAAGAAUAGAUGGAAUGGAGAGAAAUAAAAUAUUCCCAACAGAAAA